AUGAGGACAGACUCGAUCAAGGACAUCCACAACAAGCGGCCUAAUGCGCAGUUCAAGCUCUUGCCUAAAGAUACCGUUCGACGUAAUCUAUCUAGACCAGGCCAGCCAUACUCCAUCCUCGACGCUGAUGACAAAAACCACUCUCCCAUUCGCAAGGCGUAUUCGGCCCUCUUCAGUACCAAAGCGCUUCGUGCGCAGACAAACUCAUUAACGCAUCGAGAAAUCACCCGGGGAAUGGUUGAGAAGCGUUUGAAACAGUCUUUAACCUGGCCAGAUUUUCUCUCAUACCUCCAAACAUCCAAGCAAGAUCUAACGGAUGAUGAAAUUGUCAUCAAUGCUCAGGCAUUAAUCUUCGCAGGCAGUCAUACCCUGAAAACAACGCUCACAGGGGAUAGUUUUCAUUUACUGCAUAAUCAGGAGUCGCUUGCUCGAGUUACAACGGAGAUUCGUGCCGCGUUUCAAGUCAAGCAGACAUGGAUGCCAGAUCAUUAA